AUGGCGCAAUCGGCAGGAAGAGACGGCUUACCGUCUGGUCAGAUGAAGAUAGGUCAAAGGAAAGCGAGGAAGCUGGAGGAGCAACGGCUCAUGUCCCAUGCUCAAGAGGCUGAUGACCAAGAGCCGACGUCGGCUACAUCUAAUGCCACUGGUCGACCCAUCCGCGCAGCUUCUCAGGCUGCACCAAAGGCAUGGGCGUCGAUGAUGAAGAAACCUCGUGAUAAGGAUGAAUUUUCUAGUACGAAGACCGUGAGUGGUAAUCCGGCCGAUGCGAAGUUACAAGGCAUGACCCACACUCGUGUCGAUGGAAGAGAUGGCGCAAAACCGGUACCAGGGAAGCGGAGCAGGGCGGAUUCGACAGUAGCAAAGGCGAGUGCUACUGACAAGGGUGCGCGAGCGAGCCCAGACGCGCCGCCGGAAGUCAGCGACACUGAGCGCCGAUCGCCAAAGAAGGCGAAGAUAGGCUCCUUGCAGCCUGCUAAGUUCAACAAGAGGCGAAUCUAUCCGGCGGCCAACCUCAGUGAAUCAGACAAUGAACUUGAUCUCCAGCCGCCGCCGCCGCCUCCACCGCCGCGCACAAAGGGUGUACUACCUCAAAGGUCUCAUGCUGAGGCCCGGACCGGAAAUGCCGAGGAGCUUCUUGACGACGACGGGGAGGAUGAGCAGUACGAGCGUGGGGAGGAGGAGGACGAUGGGGAAGACCUAGAGAACCAUGAGGCCUGUGUGGACUUCGAUGCCGAGCAGGUUACGUUUACUGCUCCAGGUGCACACCUCAACUCUGAGACAGCCAACAGCCGGAGCACAGGACGCAGUAGCGGGCGCUUUCAGCGCCCUCGUUUACCGACUCAAUCAUCGCGUUCAUCCAGCAUUGCUAGCUCGCACCCUACUGAACCGCCGGGCACAGAUCAUGAUGACUUCGACAUGCACGAGCCGGACCUAACACAGCAAGCGGACGACAAUUGCGACGACUCAGACAGCGGGCCAACUCGGAGUGCUUAUGCCAAAGCGGCCCGCACUCAACGUCGUGUGGUGGAUACUAGUAGUAGCGGGGAUGAGUUCGAUGAUAUGGUGGAGAAGGAAAUCGUGGUGCCUGUGCCGCCGCGGCAGCUCACGAAGAAGCAGAAAAAGAAACUGAAGGAAGAGGCCCCAUCCAUCCGUUUGUCGACUAAGAGGGGCAAGAAGAAGGCCCCUGCGGAGCACACUGUCAGUGAUAGCGAGGACGACGGCUCACCGUGGCUCCCUCGAACAAAUCUCAACGAGGUCGACGCCAAGGGGAUGGACAUCAAGCCUCAGAACGGCGUCAUCAAGCAAGUCAUGCGGCAUGCCUUCGCCAUCGGCGACCGCAUGAUAGCGUUCGGAUCUCAAGACUCGGCGCAGAUCGACGGCCACCCUGACUUCGACGUGCUGAACAGCAUGAGCACGCCGAUGGACAAAGCAAUGCUGGACAAAAUCGCACUCGCAGCGCUCGUCAGUGCGGCCGAGAAGCUAGGGUACGGCGACGACGACUACGAUGUUGCGGACUGUCUCGAGCGCGGGUCUUAUCGCCACUAUAUCAAGCCGAUCACAACUUAUGUUGCACAUCGACUGAGCUUGUUCCGAACUGCGAUCAAGAAAGCAGUCACGUCAUCUGUUGAACAUGUCUAUGAUCUUGUACAAGUCACCGCCGGCACGCAGGCACCUACAUGCGCAAAGCUUUUGGAAGACAUGAACUACAUCUAUCCUUGGGAUUCAAAGGAUGGAUUUAAUCGGCGAGCGCCGUACGAGAACGCCGUCAUCAAGUCCGCCUUGCGUGCCGCUUUCUUCACACAGCAACAGUAUCUCUGCGUGGGAUUGCAGAAUAGUACUUUGUUCAAGUCGACGACGGACACAUCCACGGAGAUUGAAAUCCCGGCAGACAUGUUGGCUUUGACCAUGACGGCGGUGGAAGCAGUGCUUUCCGAUUACAACCUGAACCUGACCAAGUCCGACUUCGGCGCUACAAGCGCACCGGCUUAUCGCGCGCACAUGGUGCGCCUCGCUGACUUCCGCCACUCACUGCCCCGGCGAUACCACCGCGUCAUGCAUGAGCUCUUCAAGGCAGCUACUAUAGGGCAUAUGAUUCAUGCGGGCGCACGGAGUGGUGGUACUAUAGACUGGGCUGACAUACCAGACGAGUAG